AUGUCCAAUUCAACGCCGUCCAAUACAUGCUCGCAGCUAUCACAGAGCACAGAUCUGGUGUCGCCGCCAGGCUUCCAUUCAAGCCAGCCCGAGGCCGCCAGCAACUAUUUGCUCGAGAUACCUCCGGAAGAGUGUCAGACCUUGAUCAACGACUAUCGACGCAUGUCUUCCCACAAUUUUCCCUAUGUCAUCAUCUCGGAAGCCUGUCCAGUCGCUUCAUUGAUCGAGGAAAGGCCAAUGCUUGCUCAAGCAGUCUUCAUUACCACCACAUGGCGGACACCAGCACGACAAUCUGCAUUAAAAGACAAGUUCCUCAAGGACCUAGGAGAAAGAUAUUUUAACAGGUCUGAGCGGUCCUUGGAUCUCCUUCAAGCACUGAUUGUAUACUUUGGCUGGCUAGCAUCACUCGUUGUAGCCCUGGCUGUGGAACUCGGCAUCGACCAGAAACCCAUGAACGUCACACAGCACGAUAUGAUUAUCGGCUCCAAUACUGUCCUCGCACAGACACACGAGGCCGUGUCGUCAAAGUUCUGGGGCUACGAGGCCCGAAGAGCGUAUAUCGGAGCUUACACCAUCUCGACUUUGUAA